CGAUCUCAUGAAAAGCGUUGGGAGACGGAGAGGAGCGGGGGAAGUCAUCAAUGGUACAAACCACAGAAGAGAAAACAGAGAGAUCGAUCGUUCGUUCUCUCGUACUCUUCCCCUAAACUUCACCCUCUCCAAAAUCAAAAUCUGUCCGCAGAAUCAAAUUUCUCUUCACCAUAAUCUCUCUCCUCUCUCUCUCUCUCUCUCUCUCUCUCUCUGUGUGUCGGAGUUGGCCUCUGUGAUCAAUCUUCCAGAGCUCCCAUCCAAUGGCGCGCGUCUCUUUGUGGCCCUGCUUCCACCUCCCCUAGCGCCUCCGCCAUCUCCUCGUGAUCAGUUGUGGAUUUUUCGUGCAAAGGCAUGUAAUUCCUCCGUUAACAGAGCACUAUUCGUUCCCGUCCCUCGACGUCUGGAGCGUUCUCUUGGUUUGAUUGUGAACUUGAUUUGUGACAUAUUCCAUCAACUUGUCGAAAGGGGAUGGAGACCUGAUGAGAUGUAUUAAUCUAGAUCCAGACAUUGAGAAAUCAGUUCGGAGCUUUUCCCAACAAUUAUAAUACACAUCUUACGAUGGAUGACAGUGGUGCGACCAAAUUGACUGGUAUACGGCAGAUUGUUAGGCUUAAGGAAAUGCUACAGAAGUGGCAAUCUGUCACGCUAAGCCCAAAGGGGAACGCCCCCACUUCUACUAGCGAAGCACGCGGAGGCAUUUCGACUUCAACUAGUAAGAGGUUAACGGACACGUCCACCGGUGAUUCAGACGAGGAGGGCUGCCCAAGCCCCGAGCCACCAGACGUCCCAAAAGGGUAUUUGGCAGUUUAUGUGGGCCCGGAGCUUCGGAGGUUUGUUAUUCCCACCAGCCAUCUUAGCCAUCCACUCUUCAAGGUGUUGCUGGAAAAGGUUGAGGAGGAGUUUGGUUUUGAUCAUAGUGGUGGACUCAUGAUCCCCUGUGAGAUUGAGACAUUCAAGUAUCUCCUCAGGUGUAUGGAAAAUCAGAAGAAUAUUCAUCCGGGUGAUAGCUCAGCAGGAGAUCAAACAACUGCAGAAGCAUGAUUAGCAAUUUACGGCUGUUGGGAGCACAGUUACUGACUUUCAAAUGUAAAGCAAGGUCCCUUAGUUUAGCAGAUAUAUUGACUUCCUUUUUGGAAGUGACAAGAGUUAGGAACUGUAGCCGGAAGCUUCGUGUGUCUGGCAAAUUUGGUCCUCGGGACUAUAUUUGACAUGUUAGAUUCUCGUUGCCCAGCUAUAAUCUAUGUUUAAUGGAUCUUGAAAAAGAUUUUGUCUACGGAUAAGGGGAAACAAGAAUUCCAAUGCUAAUUAUCUAAUAGUAGUUGGGGAGUAUACGUUUAUUUGUUUUA